AUGAACACAGGAUACAGAUACCCUGAAACCGUCCCAAGCAACCCUAAUCACUACACAAGCCGCAGUUAUGAAACCGCUCGUGAGAUGCUACAAGGCAACUCACUGAUUGCAUUCAUUAUUACUGUGCUGUGCUUUGUCUUUAUCGCGCUCGAUUACUACAGACUCACGCCGAUAUCGUUUCUACACAUCUGCUGGGACCUUGUCGUUUACAUAACCCCGUCCCGAAUCGUUGUCGCAUUGGAUCCCUGCAUGGCCGACACCGAAGCUGUCGCUCAAGGCUCAUCUCUACCUCCCCAGGCAAAAAGUGACGCCAUGAUGCGAAUUCUGGGGGGCAUAUCUGCCAGCAGCCCCUUCCCCGCCCUCCCCGGACCUCAAACUCUCUCAACCUUCGGGAACGCUUUGCUAGGAUCGACAAGGAACGCGGCACCGCCAGGUCUAGGAAAUUGGAACAAUUCAUGUUUUCAAAAUAGCUUGGUACAAGGUCUGGCGUCUUUGAAGUCAUUUGCAGACUUUCUAGGACGCAACAUGGAAGGAUCUCAGCAAAGAGCCUCUUUCGAGACACAUCGUGCGCUACUGGGCCUCAUCGACAGUCUGAACAGCGCUUCGAAUCAUGGAACAAAACUCUGGGUAAAGGGCGUUCUGGAUUUGAUGAGCAGUUGGCAGCAGCAAGAUGCGCAAGAAUACUUUUCGACUAUCAUUCAUCAGGUCGACUUGGAGGCUGAGCAAGCUUCGCGUGGACAUACCAACAAUCUCGGGUUGAAAAAGGCAGGGCCCGACGAAAACAUUGUGCAAGGUAGUUCCGAUGAUGGAUCUUGCUCCGAGCCAAACGACUUGUCAUCACUAGCCCAAGAGGUCGCGCAUAAUCCUCUCCAUGGUCUACUGGCUCAACGGGUUGGCUGUAUGGAUUGCGGUUUUUCUGAGGGACUUUCCCUCAUUCCCUUCAACUGCCUCACUGUUCCCCUUGGCGAAAAGCACGAAUAUGACAUUCGCGAGUGCUUGGAUCAGUACAUGACGCUUGAGCCUAUCGAAGGCGUAGAGUGCGCCAAGUGCACUCUUUUGCGUAGACAAGAACAGCUCACCAGCCUCCUCGGGGGUCUCGAUGAUGAACAUGGCAGUCAGUCGAUCGAUUCCGAAACACCCCAGCCUUUCGAUGCAGUGAGAUCAUCGGCCCAGGAAAGACUGUAUGAGAUUCAGCUUGCACUGGAUACCAAGGACUUCAGCGAGAACACGUUGGCGAAAAAGUGUCAUAUCCCUUCAAAGAACCGAGCAACUACCACUAAGUCCCGACAGGCCGUGAUUGCACGAGCUCCAAAGGCUCUCGCGAUUCACAUCAACCGCAGUAUGUUCGACGAGAUGACUGGAAUGUUGAGGAAGAAUUAUGCAGGUGUUCUUUUCCCUCAGACUAUCGAUCUGAAUUCGUGGUGUCUUGGGGCCAAUGCUGCCAGCGAAACUGGUUUUAAAAUUGAGGAAUGGGAAACGGACCCUUGCAAGUCUAUGCUUUCGCAACCCGGCCAAUCGGUUGAGGUGCCCAGCAGGCUGUACCAACUCCAAGCCGUCAUUGCCCAUUACGGUCGCCAUGAAAAUGGGCAUUACAUCUGUUAUCGGAAACAGCCAAUCUCGAAAUUUACGGCCCCUGCCCCAGAUGAAAUUCUCCAAGCUGAGGGCGACAAAGACAAAUCUGAGCGCUGGUGGCGAUACAGUGACGAUGACGUCGAAAUGGUCAGCGAAGGACAUGUAAUGUCCCAAGGCGGUGCUUUCAUGUUAUUCUACGAGGCUAUCGAUGGCUCCGACCAGCUUUCUCUCCAUUCCCCAUCUACGCAGUCCCUUUCUACCACCUCCAACGACGAUAUUCGCACUGGGAUUGCAGACAUAUCCGCUGACGGUUUCAUGUCCGAGGACAUUUCCGCUUAUUCAACUGUGACCGACUUUGAAUCUUCCACAUCCCGUGCGACCAGUGUCUCCGCGUUUAUGGAUGAACACCAACCCAACAUUCUACAGACAAAACAGCAAACUGAUCCCGACACCGAUCUUGCUGUCAACGAUGAAAUCGAAUCGCCUCCUGCGACCGUUGUGUGA